AUUUGAUAAAGUCCCAAUCCAAGCGACCACGUUUCGGCAAAAUUAAAUCUGGCAGAAUGUGGUUUAACUUUGCCUUUCGCCGUCGCGAUGGCAGCCGCAAUUCAUAAUUGCCAAUGGCGUUUUAACUCAGUGCCAUGGCUCAAACAUCACACUUCUUCUCUUCGCGGACAGGUAUAGUUGUAUUGGCCAAUAAUGAUCUAAAUCCGGAGCUAUAAACAAUGGUUGAGUUAUCCACGACUAGUCGGGGAUAUACUUACAUACAUGAUUGUAAAUUGCCUUGUAAAGCCAUUGACACGCACCACAUUAUAGUCCGAAAGAGCAAUAGAAAGAGACUGAUGGUAUGUCUCUUGGGUUUUGUUCUUUUAGCAUACGCUUCAUUUCUCUUUCUACUCAAGGAUAUAUCAAUCACCAUUCUUUUGUGGAGUUUUUUAUUAGUCGCAAUCCUUGUCAAAUUUUUGUUUCUGAUGCCUGUUGCUAAAGAGUCUGUCAUCGUAAUGCCAGCUUUUGGAGUCCAACUUGAAACACACUAUAUGAGUGGAAGAAUUGAUCGCCGCUUUAUUCCAAUUGGCAAGAUUCUGAAACCUGUGCUGCUAGAAUGCGUUACUCCAGUUACUUGUUACUGGAGCCUGUCUUUGAUAUUGCAUGGGGAAACAGAACUAACGUUGGUUUUCAAGGUUCUGCCAAUUCUUCAGGUUUCUUGGUUACAGUCUCUUACUGUUUGUUAAAUAUGAACUCCAAGUCCAGGAAUUACGAUCUCCUGUCAAGAUGCUGGUACCUAUCUGGAAGGCAUUGUGUAGUGCCUCUGGCAGCAAAGAAAACUUGGGCACAUCUGCAGAAGAUGGCUAAUGCCUACAAAUAAUACCCGAGAAAGCAAUAAUGUUCAUCUCAUUACUAGACACCACAAUGUAAAAUCUGGCUAGAUAUAUUCAUAACAAAAUCGGGAGGACUUCUACCUACAGACGUGGGGGAUUUUCCAUUUUUGUUGUUGACCGUGCAGUGUGAUUCAUGAUAGCCAUCUACAUCUCCAGAAGAAGUAAAUUAAGAGGAGUCUUGAUUGAGCAAUUGCAGUCAGCUUUACUAUUAAAUUUAAUUGGAUAUUUCUCUAGCUAGCUUAGAUUGCUAAAGUUUGGUAGACAGUUUUACUUUCUUGAGUUUCUCCGAAUCAUGUAAAAGACUCGAACUGUUUAGAAAUGAACUGUACGCUCUUCUGUUUAUAAA